GUUUUCAUUGUUGUCGAGUUGGAUUUAAGGGUUUUAUAGGUAAUGUCCUUGAGCAGAAAUAAUGAAAAAAGCUUUAAAGUAAUGCCAAAGGAGCUGAGUGUGCAUGUUUUCCACACGGACAACAUUUGCCACAGAUUUUUUUUUUUUUUAUAGAGAAUGUUAAAACUGUUUUAUCUGACAUUUUCUAGUAAUAUAAAUCCUUCAGUUAGGAAAGCAUUCAGUUAUUUUAUAAUAGAUUUUGAACUGAUUAAAGGAGGAAUAGUUUUUCAUGUUCAAUAUAUCAUAUGACUCAGCCCUGGGAUUGGUUCAGUUUCAUAAUAUUCUCUGAAAGUUGUUUGCAAAGGAUGUAUUUUCUAAAAAGAAAAAAAAUGUAGUGAUGUGUAUAUAGUAGUGGUACAUUCCUCAUAAACCCUUAGAGACAACUAAGUUGCCAUGGCCAAAAACAGCUGAACACAGACGCUCAGGAGUCUGCUGAAGGUUUCUCUAACCACAGCGUGUGUUUCUAUUCCAACUUCUACUCCGGCUGAAACAGAGAGAUUUUCAGGAAGAAGGAAGACCAAAGCACCCAGGGCCCAACCUCCUCGAUGCGGGAUUGAGAUGAUUUGUUGAUUACACUCUCUUGUUCUUAGUUCCCUGUCGGUUGUGGCUGAAAUCGAAAGACUCCUCGUCGACCGUGUCAUUUUUAAAGACUAUUUGGAGCGUAAUAGUGGGACAACAAUGCUUUUCUUGUUUCUGAAACAAUGGUAAACAGGAUAUUGAGGUUGUUGAGUAAAUAUUCUUUGUCUCUGUUUUGGAUUCUCACAAUAUCUUGGUUUGUUGACUGCGAGGGAACAGAAGAACAACAUGCUAUCUGCACAAUGCGCUGCAUGGUAAUAGUCCUGUCCUUCCUCCUCUCAGGCAGCACAUCCCAACAUGCGGACGUACUACUUUUGCACCGACACUGGAAAAGAGAUGGAAUCGUGGAUGAAAGUAAUGGCUGAUGCUGCAAAUGUGCAUUCAUCAGAGCCAACCAAAAGGCUGGAGAAGCUAAAUGUGGAAGAGUGUGGUCCAAAAGAAAUCAGCCAGGUUUCUAACCACAAGCCGCCGCUCACACAGCCUGAAAUCCAGAACAACGAACGUAACCUUCAAGUGGACCACGAGCGCAGCACAGCGCUGACCCCCAGCGCCGAGGGAGACGAACAGAAGCAGCGUGACGCCGAGCGCUACGGUUUCCAGAAGGCCGGGGCAGAGCGCGAACGUCCCCUCACGAAGAUCAACAGUAUUAAACUACAGCCGGCCCAGGCAGCAACCAUUAAAGCUAACGUGACCUCGCCCCAGACCCCUAAUGAGACCGAGAGGACGCUCCACAGCCCCCAGGUGAAUGGAUCAGGGGAGCCGUAUAAGGCCAACGGCACCGGGGUCCCUGUGCAGCAGAGUCCCAUCAGUGAGCCCGACCGCAACCUGAGUAGGACCAGCUCCAUGCAGCAGCUGGAGCAGUGGGUCCGCACCCAGAGAGGACGAGGUCAGGAUGACGAUGCCAGGAGCAUCACCUCAUACCAGACUCUGCCUAGAAACAUGCCAAGCCAUCGGGUCCCCUACAUGCCUCAUUAUGGAGAAAACUAUCGCAGUAUGCCCAGAAAUAGCAUGGCCCAGCGGGACAGCAUCUGCAGCAUGUCGCCGUCGCUUUACGACCAAGCCCUGGGCCCCUCGGCCGUCGAGAAGCGACGCUCCAUGCGAGACGACACCAUGUGGCAGCUGUACGAGUGGCAGCAAAGACAGGCCUACAGCAGGCAGUCGGGCCUCUACAACAACAUGGCCAGCCCCAAAACCAUGAUAAACUUGUCCGAGCACGCCGCGCUGAGCCAUUCCAUCCCCCCUUCACCUUCGCACGGCUCCCUGUCCAUGUACGGCGCCUACUCUCCCAUGAGAACGUACAACAUGGCCAAUGCUCGUUCAGAGGUCGCCUCUCCAGUCUACAGAAGAGACUUGAGCAUCGACAGGCGGCAAAGACCUCAAGUCAACAAGUACGCCUACCCACCUGACAGGAGAUCCUUGCCUGCAGGGAUCCCGGUCCAGACUAUCACUGCCCAGUCUCUUCAAAGCAAAACUCCUGAGGAACUGACUUUGCUGCUGAUAAAGCUGCGGCGGCAGCAAGCAGAGCUAAACAGUAUCCGGGACCACACUGUAGCACAGCUUAUGCAACUAAACAUGGAUCACAACAACCCAAAGAACGACAUUCUCUCCCAUCACCUCCAAAGGAACCUCAUGUAUUUGGACAAUCAGAUGAAGGAAAUUGACCCUUUAAUCGUCAUGACUCACACUUUGAUUGAGAACUCUGCCCCAAGGCCUCAAGUUUACCACCAAAUGAGUCCAGAAGACUACAGGGAACCAAUCUACCCAUAUAUGCCUGAGGUGGAGGAUAUUGAUAGUAUAAUUAGCAGGCUGUGUGAGCAGGACAAACUGGUGAAGAUCCAGGAGGAAAAACUUCAGCAGCUAUUAAGAGAGAAGCACACUUUGGAGACGGCACUUCUGUCGGCCAGCCAGGAGAUUGAGCUGGGCUCGGAAAACCCGGCUGCCUUGCAGGGCGUCAUUCAGCAGAGAGACUUGCUGCAGAACGGCCUGCUCAGCACCUGCAGAGAGUUGUCCAGAGUCACUACUGAGGUGGAGCGCUCAAGUAGGGAGUCCGAAAGGCUAGAAGCAGAAGUGAUCAUAGCUAAGAACAAUUUGCUGCAGCAGCUUGAAGCUCUUGGAAGCCCACAGACGGAACCCCCCAGUCAGCAGCACGUCCGCAUCCAGAAGGAGCUCUGGAGGAUUCAGGACGUGAUGGAGGCCCUCAAUAAACAGAAAGCCCUGCGAAAUGCCGCUGAGGGGACGGGGUUCUAUGGGUCCAAUUCCCCCUACAGUAAGCACAAAAAUGAGGAGGAGGACUCGGCACCCCCGCGGCCGCCUCUUCCCCAUUCCUACGAGCCGAACUCCCCCGUUGUGCCCCCACUGCCCGCCGCUCACUCCGGUGCACGGCCCUCGUCACUCCACAGGCCGGAGGACAGGAAGGCCAAUCAAAGGAAUAGCUCACAGAGCGGUCCUGACUACAGGCUGUACAAGAGUGAACCGGAGCUGACCACAGUGGCCGAGGUGGAUGAAAACAACGGAGAGGACCGAUCCGAACAUCCGUCUGACAGAGAACAUGCUGGAAACAAAGGCAUGUCCUACCCUGUUGGCAUCGUCCCACCUAGAACCAAAUCUCCAGUGCCUGAGUCUUCCUCCAUAGCGUCCUACGUCACAUUGAGGAAAAGCAAGAAGCCCGACCUCAGGAUGGACCGUCCUCGCAGCGCGGUGGAGCAGCAGCUGUGUGCUGUGGACGGCAGCCGGCCCAGGAUGAGCGUGGAGGAGCAGAUGGAGAGGAUUCGCCGCCACCAGCAAGGCUCCCUCAGGGAGAAGAAGAAAUCACUCAGCUUCCGGGGAGGCAGCCUGGAGAACACGCCCUCCCGCAGCCACUCCUUUAAUAGAGAAAAUCAUUUCCAUAGCUUGAAGUCCCAUUCGAGGCGUAGAGAUGAGGUGAUAAGCAGUGAUAUUCAGGAGCUGGAGGCCUCGCUCAGGCACCAUGACUUGAUGAGGGACCAUGAGACCCCCGCUGAGGAGAUAGCCCGUCUCAAGGAAUCCUCUCAGGACGAUCAUUUCAACCUGGAUCGAGAACUUUCUGUGCCUGACAAAGUGCUGAUUCCUGAGCGUUACAUUGAGUCAGACCCAGAGGAGCCUCUGAGUCCUGAACAGGAGGCCGAUAAGCGGCGGAAAGUGGAUCGUAUUAAAGCCCUAAUUGCAAAAAACAGCAUGGCGAAUGUGCUGCCCAGUUUAGCUUUAAGCCCAGAGGACGUAAAUGAAGAGGAGGUUACAGUGCAAGAGAAGGAGAAGAUGAUUAAUAUCUCCUACGAGCUGGCAGCAGAGGCCUCCAAGCGCAGCAAGCUGGUAGCAGUGAAAAGCCUGUCGUCUUCUUCCCCACCCCCACAGUCUCCCAACACACCCCCUCAGCUCACUGAUGGCUCUCACUUCAUGUGUGUGUAGUGGCACCAGUAAGGUCCUUCAUCAUCCUAAUUUCUUCAUAAUCAUAUUGCUUUAAAAUAAUUAGGAUUUUUCUCACUGAGGGCUUAAACCAUGCUCUGAUGAAGGGAACAAUUAUCAGGUGCUGUUAUGCAUUUUGUUCUGUCUAGACUAGAGUUUUUUUUUCUCUCAUGUGGUGGCAUUUCACAUCCUCUGCAUUAGCAUGGUUUGCUUUUCUAUCACUGGUCAGUGAUUCAUACGCACCAGUGCCUUGCAAAGAUUUCUUUGAACUUUUUUUUUUAGAUGUUGUCACAUUAAAACUGCAAACAUCACUGUUGCUGAUUGGGAUUUUGUAUGAUAGACCAAAACAAUUGUUUCUGAAUAAAAACCUGAGGUCUGUUGUACAUACAGUACCCUCCAACUAACAUUCCCCCAAAUAAAACCCAGCACAGCCCUAAUGAGUAAUUUAGUCUCAGUAGAAGUCCAGCUGAGUGUUUGGUUUGUUUUUUUGAAGAGCCAGAAGACAGAUGGCACUAUAUACAGAAGGGGGCAAACUCACUGAACACUGUCUUGAUAUACCACCCACUGGUAGAACAUGGUGGUGGCAGCAUCAUGCUGUGGGGAGGCUUUUCUGCAGGGAAGCUAGUCAGAAUUGAUGGACAGAGCUAAAUACAGUACAGGGCGUUGAAGGUUUUAAACGACUCGAGACUGAGGUGCUUUCCAGCAGGAGGACGACUCUAAGCAUACAGCCAGAGCAGCAAUCCUAAGGUUUAUAUCUAGUGUGUUUAUUUCCAGACCUAAUUGCUGCUGAAAAUCUGUGGCCACAUUUGAAGCUUCUCAGAUGCUCUCCGUCUGAUCUGACUGACUUUGAGCUGUUCUGUUUGUUUGUUUUUCGAUUAGAAAGCCUUUCAGCCGUAAUUGCAUCAAAAGGUGCUUUUUCAAACAAUAGACUCUGGGUUGAAUGCAAAGGCGUAACAAACUUUUAAAAUUGUGUUUAUAUAAAAGUAUUCAAACUACAUAUUAUAUGUCGUCCACGUCGCAAUUAUGCAGUGCUGUGUUUUGGUUUCCUGUACAAAAUCCCUGUAGGAUCCUUGGAUGUUUAUGGUUGUAAUGUGACAAAAUGUGAAAGGUUCAAAGUGUUGAAGGCUUUUGCAAAGCAGUGUGAAUUUGUAAAGUAUGUAUUUUAUCAAGUGAAUGGUGAAAUGCAGCUGCAGUUUGGAAGUAAUUUUCAACUCCAUAUCUUGCCCUCCAGCACAGGCUCUGGCCUCAGUAAAGACCUACACAUGAAGGAAAUAAAAAGGAAGGCAUAAACACCUCCUGAGGACCUUCUUCUUGGAGAUCAGCACAAGGCCUUGACCUACAGAAAGUGAAACUGCCUACUUGCGCCUGGCACCCUCAGACUUCUGUUUACUCACUGUGACGUCUAACGCUUCUAUGCCAACCUUUGGGGACAUUUCUACUUCGUUGCCCCGCUUUGAGACGGAGCUCUCUCCUCAUUUCACUUUUUACAGUACCUGCUGCGGUUUCGUUUUCAGCUUUCCCAAGAUCCUUUCAGUUUGGUUUUAUUAUAUUUACAGUUUUGUUAAGUUGUUGCAUUAUGGGCCGAUUUAUAUCUGUAUAUAUGGGAGGCUACAGACUGAGCUCCGUUGUGAGUCAAACUGCUCGUGACAGAAUAUUUUUAGGCCAUUUUUCAACAUCUUUUCAAAGUUUUAAGAUUCUUUUAAGAUGAUUUUUUUAGUUAAAUUUUAUCUUUAAUAUUUAAUUCACAUUGCUUGUCAGAUGUCGACAUUCAGCUAACCGGUUAUAUUAAAUUAUUGUAAAGAACACUUGUCAGUACUGACGAGUUAAAAACAAAUCUAUAUUCCUGACAUAUAAUAAUGGAGCAACUUUACUCUUGCAGACUAAAAUUAUUUGUACAUUUCAAUGUUUGCAGCCAGUGACGCGUUGCUGCCGAUACAUAUACAUAUUUGAAUGUUCUGAUUUAAAUCACUGUUUGUUCCCUAUGUCUGAGAUAUAUAUCUAUAUAUAUUUAAAUUGAGAGAUGGACACAAAUUUCAGAGUUUGGUACUAUUUUAGGACAUGUCGAUUUAAAGCAUAAAGAAGCUAGGGAAAAUGCAUGUAAAAAAAAAAAUGCAAUAAAAAAGCCUUUGUCAAUUGAAGAUAUUUUUUGCGUGUGUGUAAAAAGUGUAACUAUCAGAGGUUUACUGUGUAUAUAAUGUACAUUGUUCAUCAGGAUGGGAAUAUAUACCCACCAUAUAGGUACGUACAUACAGAUUGGAUUUGCAAAUGUUCAUAUCCCAUCUGUUUUAUAUCAUGUUAAAUAAACAUUGCAGUUUUUAAUACUU